AUGUAAAUCAGUGAAAUUAAUAUAACUAAUAGAAUUACAAAAAGAAAUAAAGAACAAAAAAAUUAAAUACUUCGUUUGAAAUAGUUUCAAUAAGUUUUUAUUAAGUAGACAGACCAAGAGUAUGUGUUUUUAUAUGAAAACAGCUUAUUUAAUGAUCCAGAGACAGGGAAGCGAAUUAAUAAUUAUAUGUUGAUCAUUAAUGCUCAAGAGUACCUAAUUAUAGUANGUUUCAUGAAUUAAUAUAUUAAGAACUUUUAUAAACUAGAAUUGAUCAAAAAUAAAAGAUCAAAACUAAAUAAGAUAAUAUUAGAAAGAAUUCAGUUUAAUAACUUAAAGUAUUAAAUUUAAAUGUUAAUUAUAUAAUACAAUUAGCAAUGA